AUGAGUAGCGAAUUCCUGGCGGAGCUGCACUGGGAGGAUGGGUUCGCCAUCCCGGUGGCGAAUGAGGAGAACAAGACACUGGAAGAUCAGUUGUCAAAGCUGCAGAAUGAAAGAGCAAACUUACAAGAUCAGUUACGUGACUAUGAAGAUCGAAUUAAUGCUAUGACUUCUCACUUCAAAAAUGUCAAGCAAGAGUUCUCAUUUACACAGUCUCUUUACAAGGCAAGAGAGUAUGAGAUUGAAAGUGAAGAACACUUUAAAGCCAUUGCUCAAAGAGAAUUGGGACGAGUGAAAGAUGAAAUCCAACGACUGGAAAAUGAGAUGGCUUCUAUACGGGAAAAGAAAAGUGAUAAAGAAAAUGGUAUAUUUAAAGCUACUCAAAAAUUGGAUGGUUUGAAAUGUCAAAUGAACUGGGACCAGCAAGCUUUGGAUGCCUGGUUAGAAGAAUCAGCUCAUAAAGAUAGUGAUGCCCUCACUCUUCAGAAGUAUGCACAACAAGAUGAUAAUAAAAUUAGGGCACUGACUCUGCAAUUAGAAAGACUAACUUUGGAAUGUAAUCAGAGAAGAAGGGUACUUGACAAUGAACUUACAGAGACUCUAAGUGCACAGUUAGAAUUGGAUAAAGCAGCACAAGAUUUUCGUAAGAUUCAUGAAGAAAGGCAAGAACUCAUUAAACAGUGGGAGAAUACAAUUGAACAGAUGCAGAAGAGGGAUCAAGACAUAGAUAACUGUGCUUUGGCAUUAGCAAAGACAAAACAAGAAACAAGAGAAAAGGAAAAUUUGAUUAAGGAAAAGAUCAAGUUUUUGGAAAAUGAGAUUGGGAAUAACACAGAAUAUGAGAAAAGAAUAUCUGUUGCUGAUCGUAAACUUUUAAAGUGUAGAACGGAGUAUCAGCACCAUGAAACUAAUAGAAGUCAGCUGAAGGAUGAGGAAGUGGAUGUUCAAUUGAAGCUCGUAAAAGAUGUGCUUUUUAAGAAAGUUCAGGAGUUACAGACUGAGACAAUGAAAGAAAAAGCUGUUGUUUCAGAAAUUGAAGGAACCCGUUCCUCUCUAAAACAUCUCAACCAUCAGUUACGUAGACUGGAUUUUGAAACCUUAAAGCAGCAAGAAAUUAUGUACAGUCAGAAAAUUAAAGAUAAUAAUCAGAACGUAAAAAAGAAAUUAAAGCAGAUAACUGAGAAAACCACGUCUGUAGAAGAGAAAGCUACCAAUUUGGAAGAUAUGCUAAAGGAAGAGGAAAAAGGUGUAAAGAAUGAUCUUUAUUUUAUCAAGAAGUCAAACAGUAAAAACUGUGAUGAAAAGCAGUCCCUUAUGCAUGAAAUAAAUGGACUAAACCUUUUCAUUGACAGAUCAGAGAAAGAACUUAAAAAAGCCAAAGCUUUUAAACAGGUGACAAAAUUUUGUGCUGAGUUUCAUGAACGGUUAAGUAAAAUUGAUAAGCUGAAGAACAGAUAUGAAAUUCUUACUGUUGUUAUGCUGCCUCCUGAAGGAGAAGAGGAGAAAACACAGGCCUAUUAUGUAAUAAAGGCUGCUCAAGAAAAAGAAGAACUUCAAAGGGAAGGUGACAGUUUGGAUGCUAAGAUCAACAAAGCUGAAAAAGAAAUCUAUGCUCUGGAAAACACCCUGCAGGUGCUCAACAACUGCAACAACAAUUACAAGCAAUCUUUUAAAAAAGUGACUCCAUCUAGUGAAGAGUAUGAGCUAAAAAUUCAACUAGAAGAAAAAAAAAGAGCUGCUGAUGAAAAAUACAGGUACAAACAAAGACAAAUCAGAGAACUUCAGGAAGAUAUCCAGAGCAUGGAAAACACUUUAGAAGUUAUUGAACAUGUAGCAAAUAACAUCAAAGAAAAAUUAUCAGAGAAGCAGGCUUAUUCGUUUCAACUAAAUAAAGAAACUGAGGAGCAGAAGCCAAAAUUAGAAAGAGUAACUAAACAGUGUGCAAAACUCACAAAAGAAAUACGUCUUUUGAAAGAUACAAAAGAUGAAACACUAGAAGAACAAGACAUCAAACUUCGUGAAGUGAAACAGUUUCACAAGAUCAUUGAUGAAAUGCUACUUGAUGUCACAGAAGAAAAUGCUGACAUCCGUGUUGUCCUUCAAACAUACUUUCAACAGAGUGGGUUGGAACUACCUGCAGCUAGUACUAAAGGCAGUCGUCAUAGUUCUAGAACUCCUUCACACACUUCACUGUUAUCAGCAAGGUCAUCUAGGAGUACAAACAGUUCUGCUUCUCAGACUUCAAUUAAAGUAUUAGAGCUCAACUUCCCGGCCUCCUCUUCACUAGUAGACAAUGCUUCUAGGCCAACUAGUGCUACUAAUAGUAGAAGCAAAAAGAGCAGCAAGUAA